AUGCGGAAGGUCAGGAAAGGGUGCCAUGGCAUGGGAUUUAAGCUCUGGCCCGACCCAAACCGCUCCACGGUUCCCUGCCCCGAGCGGGAGCUGGAGCGCAGGGAGGAGGAGGCCAACGUGGUGCUCACGGGCACGGUGGAGGAGAUCAUGAACGUGGACCCGGUGCACCACACCUACUCCUGCAAGGUGCGGGUCUGGCGUUACCUGAAGGGCAAAGACAUCGUGACCCACGAGAUCCUGCUGGACGGGGGCAACAAGGUGGUGAUCGGGGGCUUCGGGGACCCCCUGAUCUGCGACAACCAGGUGGCCACGGGCGACACGCGCAUCUUCUUCGUCAACCCCGCCCCGCAGGCGCUGUGGCCCGCGCACCGCAACGAGCUGAUGCUCAACUCCAGCCUGAUGCGCAUCACCCUGCGCAACCUGGAGGAGGUGGAGCACUGCGUGGAAGAACAUAGGAAGCUUCUCGCCGACAAACCCAACAGCUACUUCACGCAGACGCCGCCGCCGCCGCGGGAUGGCUGCCGGGGGAUGCUGUGUGGCUUCGGGGCCGUGUGCGAGCGCAGCCCCUCGGAGCCGGGCCAGGCCUCGUGCGUGUGCAGGAAGGGUCCCUGUGCCCCCGUGGUGGCCCCGGUGUGCGGCUCUGACCACUCCACCUACAGCAACGAGUGCGAGCUGGAGCGCGCCCAGUGCAACCAGCAGAGGAGGAUCAAGGUCAUCAGCAAGGGACCCUGCGGCUCCAAGGACCCCUGUGCAGAGGUGACCUGCAGCUUUGGCAGCACCUGUGUCCCCUCCCCGGACGGCCAGGCCGCCAAGUGCGUGUGUCCCUCGUCCUGCGGCGGCGUCCCCGAGAGCCCCGUGUGCGGCAGCGACGGCCGCGACUACCGCAGCCUGUGCCACCUCAACAAGCACGCCUGCGACAAGCAGGAGAACGUCUUCAAGAAGUUCGAUGGGCCCUGCGGUGAGGAGGGGCUUGAAAUGUCUCGGGACUGCCCCCCGAGCGGGGACCCCGUGUGCGGCGACGACGGCGUCACCUACGGCAGCGAGUGCGCCAUGGCGCGCUCGGGGGCCCUGCGCGGGAUGGACAUCCAGAAGGUGCGCUCGGGGCAGUGCCAGCAGCAGGACAAGUGCAAGGACGAGUGCAAGUUCAACGCCGUGUGCCUGAACCGCCGCGGCGCCGCGCGCUGCUCCUGCGACCGCAUCACCUGCGACGGCGCCUUCCGACCCCUGUGCGGCCGCGACAGCCGCACCUACGGCAGCGACUGCGAGCGCCGCAGGGCAGAGUGCCUGCAGCAGGCCAGCAUCCCCACCAAGCACAGCGGGCCCUGCGACCUGGGCACGCCCAGCCCCUGCCUGAGCGUGGAGUGCGCCUUCGGGGCCACGUGCGUGGUGAAGAACCAGGAGGCCGUGUGCGAGUGCCAGCAGCAGUGCCAGGGCCGCUACGACCCCGUGUGCGGCAGCGACCAGCGCACCUACGGCAACCCCUGCGAGCUGCGCGCCAUGGCCUGCGUGCUCCAGAGGGACAUCGGCAUCAAGCACAAGGGGCCCUGCGACCGCUGUGGCAAGUGCCAGUUUGGUGCCAUCUGCGAGGCGGAGACGGGGCGCUGUGUGUGCCCCACAGAGUGCGUGCCCUCGGCACAGCCCGUCUGCGGCACCGACGGCAACACCUACGGCAGCGAGUGCGAGCUGCACGUCCGCGCCUGCACCCAGCAGAAAACCAUCCUGGUGGCUGCCCAGGGCCACUGCCAGUCGUGUGGCAGCUCCGUGUGCUCCUUCGGGAGCCGCUGCGUGGCCGGGCAGUGCCUGUGCCCGCGCUGCGAGCGCCAGCCCCCGGCCCCGGUGUGCGGCACCGACGGCGUCACCUACGGCAGCCCCUGCCAGCUGCAGGUGGCCUCGUGCCAGCUACAGAGGAGCAUCGAGGUGGCCAGGAUGGGACCCUGCGAGGACGAGUGCGGCUCGGGGGGCUCCGGCUCGGGGGAUGGCAGCGAGUGCGAGCAGGAGCGGUGCCGGCAGUUCGGGGGCUGGUGGGACGAGGACGCUGAGGACGAGCCCUGCGUGUGUGACUUCACCUGCCUGGCCGUGCCCCGCAGCCCGGUGUGUGGCUCUGACGGUGUCACCUACGCCAGUGAGUGUGAGCUGAAGAAGACGCGGUGUGAAAAACACCAGGAGCUCUUUGUCACCAGCCAGGGAGCCUGUAGGGCCCUGGCCACCACCCCACCGCCCCUGCUGGUCACGCACUGCAGCCAGAGCGUCUACGGCUGCUGCCCGGACAACGUCACGCUGGCGCUGGGCGUGGGAGCGGCCGGAUGUCCCAGCUCGUGCCAGUGUAACCCCUACGGCUCCUACGGUGGCUCCUGUGACCCGGGUUCGGGCCAGUGCUCCUGCAAGCCCGGCGUGGGUGGCCUCAAGUGCGACCGCUGCGAGCCCGGCUUCUGGAACUUCCGCGGCAUCGUCACCGACGGCAGGAGCGGCUGCACACGUGAGGGGCACUGCCCGACGUCCCCUCGCUGUCCCCCAGGUGAGGAGGAGCCGGAUGAAGGCCAGGUGAUGUCCACGCCCGCCAUCGAGAGGGCCACGUGCUACAACACCCCCCUGGGCUGCUGCUCCGACGGCAAAACCGCGGCUGCUGAUGCAGAAGGGAGCAACUGCCCAGCCACCAAAGUGUUCCAAGGAGUGCUGAUCCUGGAGGAGGUGGAGGGCCAGGAGCUGUUCUACACCCCAGAGAUGGCUGACCCCAAAUCCGAGCUCUUCGGGGAGACGGCGCGGAGCAUCGAGAGCGCGCUGGAUGAGCUUUUCCGCGCUUCUGAUGUCAGGAAGGAUUUCAAGAGCAUCCGAGUGCGGGACCUGGGCCAGAGCAGCGCUGUCAGGGUCAUCGUGGAGGCCCACUUUGACCCAGCCACGUCCUACACGGCCGCUGAUAUCCAGGGGGCUCUGCUGAAGCAGAUCCGAGCUUCCAAGAAAAAAACCAUCCUGGUGAAGAAGCCCCAGACGGAGCACAUCAAAUUCAUGGAUUUUGACUGGAUCCCGCGGCUCUUCACCACCACCGUCACCACCACCACGGCCACCACCAUGGCCCCGGCCACCACCCGCCGGCUCACCGCAGCCACGGCGGCCCCGGGCCAGCCCCUGGAGCCCGUGGGCAGCACCAGGAGGCCAGGCCCCGGUGGCAGCCGUGGGAAGCCCACCCGGCAGCCCCCUGGCACCGGCAGAGCCCCCCGGCCCUGCGAGUCACAGCCCUGCCUGUACGGUGGCACCUGCGAGGACGACGGGCAGGACUUCACCUGCAGCUGCCCUGCGGGGAGAGGAGGGGCCGUGUGUGACAAAUCUGUCGGGUACUUCAUCCCCAGCUUCGGGGGCAAAUCCUACCUGGCCUUCAAGACCAUGAGGGCCUACCACACGGUGAGGAUUUCCAUGGAAUUCCGGGCCCUGGAGCCCAGCGGGCUGCUCCUCUACAAUGCCCAGAAACACGGCAAGGAUUUCAUCUCGCUGGCGCUGGUGGGCGGCUUCGUGGAGCUCAGCUCGGCGGGGCUGCGGGGCUGCAUCCGCCAGCUGGGCAUCAACAACCGCCUGCACGAGCUGCGCCAGGGCGCCGGCGACGUCCUCUACGGCAGUGCCGUGGGCGAGUGCGGCACCGAGCCCUGCCAGCCCAACCCCUGCCAGCACGGCGGCACCUGCCACGCCAGGGAGGCCGACAUGUUCCACUGCCAGUGCCUCGAGGCCUACACGGGGCCCACGUGCGCCUUCGAGAGGAACCCGUGCGAGCCCUCGCCGUGCCACGCCUCUGCCACUUGCCUGGUGCUGCCCGACCGGGGAGCCCUGUGUGCCUGCCCCAUGGGCCGCCAGGGCCACCUCUGCGAGCAAGUGACAGAGCAGGACCGCUCCGUGCCCUUCCUGCCGGAGUUCAACGGCUUCUCCUACCUGGAGCUGAACGGGCUGCAGAGCUUCGUGCCCGACCUGCAGGACAAGAUGUCCAUGGAAGUGGUGUUCCUGGCCAAGAACCCCAGCGGGAUGAUCUUCUACAACGGUCAGAAGAGCGAUGGCAAAGGGGACUUUGUGUCCCUGGCGCUGCACGAGGGGCACCUGGAGUACAGAUACGACCUGGGCAAAGGGCCAGCCCUGCUCAGGAGCAAGGAGCCAGUGCCCCUCAACACCUGGAUCAGUGUCCUGCUGGAGAGGAGCGGCCGCAAGGGCGUCCUGAGGGUCAACAAUGGCGAGAGGGUGACGGGGGAGUCGCCGAAAUCCCGUAAGGUGCCCCACAUGGUGCUGAACCUGAAGGAGCCCUUCUACGUGGGGGGAGCCCCCGACUUCUCCAGGCUGGCUCGAGCGGCUGCCAUCUCCAGCGGCUUCCAGGGAGCUGUGCAGAGGAUCUCGCUGGAGGGGGUGCCCGUGCUGCAGGAGCAGAACAUCCGCAGCGCCAGGGAGAUCUCCCCGUUCCGGGGGCACCCCUGCACCCAGAGCCCCAACCCCUGCCAGCACGGGGGCACCUGCAGCCCCAGCAUGGGCACCUACGAGUGCUCCUGCCACAGGGGCUUCUCCGGAGCCCACUGCGAGAAAGUGAUCAUCGAGAAGGCGGCUGGGGAUGCCGAGGCCGUCGCCUUCGAUGGCCAGACGUUCCUGGAGUACCACAACGCCAUCACCAAGAGCGAGAAGGCCCUGCAGUCCAACCACUUUGAGCUCAGCAUCAAAACCGAGGCCACGCAGGGGCUGCUCCUGUGGAGCGGGAAGGGGCUGGAAAAGUCGGAUUACAUCGCCCUGGCCAUCGUGGAUGGCUUCGUGCAGCUGAGCUACGACCUGGGCUCCAAAGCUGUCACCCUGCGCUCCACAGUGCCCGUCAACACCAACCAGUGGAUCCACAUCAAAGCCUCCAGGGUGCAGAGGGAAGGGUCCCUGCAGGUUGGGAACGAAGCUCCCAUCGCCGGCUCCUCUCCUCUUGGGGCCACCCAGCUGGACACGGACGGGGCGCUGUGGCUGGGGGGUCUGGACAAGCGCAGCGCGCGCCCGCGGCUGCCCAAGGCGUUCAGCACGGCCUUUGUGGGCUGCAUGCGCUCCGUGCUGCUGGACCGCCGGGAGCUGCACCUGCGCCAGGACGCGCUCAACGCGCCGCGGAUAUUGCACUGCUCGGCCCCCUAGAGCCGCCGCCGCCCGCCCGCCCGCCGCUGGAAUUAUUUUCUAUUUUUGUAAACUUAUUGCUUUUUAUAUUUUUGGGGGGGACGGGGAGGGCGGGAAACCCUUUUUUUGGUUUUUCCCGCGGGUUCUCCGGGCGGUGAGAGCCGGCCCGAGCGGCGGCACCGCCCAACGAAGCUCGACCCGCGGCUCCGAGGAGCGCCGGAACUCUCCCGCUGCAGCGCCCGUCUUCUUCAUACUUGAAGCUUCUUUUUUUUUGGGGUCGUUUCCCCCCUUUUUUCCCGGCGUUUUGGGGGGGUUGCUCCCAAAGCCGACCCUGUUUUCCUGCGGGGGAAACGCUGCCGGUGCUGGCGAGGCCUUCACGGAUUGGCAGGGUGGGAAUUCCCACCCCGCUCCGGGCUCUGGCUCUUCCAAACCUUCUCCUGGCGCUGUGUCCUGCUGCCCCCUGUUCCUCUCCGUAAUUUAUGUGUGUAAGGAUCUCAAGUGCUUUUCUCCUUGGAGCUCUGCUCAAAUCAGGGACGAUUCCAUGCACUGGAAGGGAGAGAGCCGGGCCCACUCCUCUCUGCGCUUGGCUUGUGACUCUUCGCUGGACUGAGAGGUGCUGGGGAGGGAAAAAUGUGGAUUUUUCCAGCGGUUCUCCUCUUCCUCUUCCUCUUGGACACGUGCAGGAGCAGCUGUGAAACCUCAUUCCCACAUUUUGUGUUCAUCCAGAUGUGUCCCGACCCCCCGGCCGCUCUUCCUGAGGCCACCGAGCCUCGGCCUCCCUCAUGCUGGGGAUCGCUUGGAGCUCCUCUCCGAGAGCUGGGAAUUCUCUCCCUCUUCCAAAAAGGACCAGCAGAUUCCCUUUUCCCUUCUCAGAGAUCUCUUGGAUGUGUCCUUCCAUGCCCCGCAGCGUUUCCCAGCCUCUGGUUCCCAGCCUGGGCCUGCAGAGCUGGCGCUGGAGCCUCUCCCACAAAGAGAUUUUGGAAUUUUUUUACCUUGGAUUUGGAGUUUUUGGGUCUUCCACGCUCCUCUGGAUGCUGCCAGCCCAGCAGGAACGGCUCCAACGGGAAUGGAGCUGGGGAAUAUCUGGGGGGAAUUUGAAGCAUUUUCCUCCUGGAAAGGAAAAUUUGGUUCCAAAGUUUCUGGGGUGUGACGGCGCCCCUGCCUGCAGCCUCUGGAUCUCCUGGAAUCUGGAGAAGAGCAGAUGGAUCCCAGCUCUGGAAGAAAUCACAUCCCCCACUGGGAUUCCUUCUCCAUGGGAAGGAUUUCCUGGUGUUUUGUGGCCUCUGUCUCCCUGUCCCACCCUCAGCUGGAAUUGCUCCACGGAAAAACAACUUUAGGGAAUUCAUCUGCAGGAUCCCACCAGCUUUUGGGUGGAAAUUCCCAGAAUUUGCCAUUUUUUCCCCUAAAUUUCUAUCCCGCCUUGCAGGGCACCCUUUAAAACGGGAAUUUUGGCACCAACCUUUGAGACAGGAAAGGUCAAAUUUCUUCUCUCAGGAUGAGCUCUGAACAAAGGUGGAACCAAGAGGGAAAACCUAUGGAAAAACCACUUGGAUCUGCUUUUAUUUCAUUUAUUUGAUUAAAAAAAAAAAAAAAAAUAAAUCAAAUAAAAAUAUUCCCAAUCCUGUGGAAGAUCCUGGGUUAAAUAUUCCAUGGGGGGCUGUGCCAGGUGAGGGCUCUGCUGUGGCUGGGAGCGUUCCACGGGUGCCAAAAUUCCCAUUUUUAGUCCAAAUUGGGAUUUCUGGUGGGAAAUGCUGGGCUGGGCUGGGCUGGGCUGGGCUGGGAGGGACGGACUGGGGAGUCCCCCAAUCCAUAUUUUGGGAAUGGCAUUCCCAGCUGGAAUGUUCCAGCUCCAGAGGGACGGGGAAGCUGCUGAUUUUCAGGAAUGAAGUCAAGAAAUGGCCAAGAAAAACCCAACAACCGAACAAAAACAAAGCUAAAACCUCAUUCUGCUUUCGCUGGGGCUUGGAAAUGCCUUAAACCAGGAUUUUGUGUCCUCUGGGGGAGCAUUUGGAAUUUCCAGCAGCGCCCUUCGAGCCGUGCACUUCACUGUUAACAUUUCUACCACAAAACCUGCAAAAAACCCCCCAAAAAGACAUCGAGGUGGGGUUUUUUUCCUGGAUUUUAGGUUUUUUGGGGCUUUUUUUUUAAUUGAAACCCCUUGAGCUGUCCGUGUGGCUCGGUGGAGAGGGAGAAUUCCCGACUUUGGGAGCCGCUGGCUGAAUUCCGAAGGGCGCCGCGCAGUAGAGGAGCAGCAUGAUGUAACCAUUACUAACUCGUGUCUUUCGUCAAAUCACCCAGAAAUAAAAGUUUGGAAACAAUUUGA